UGCCCCUGUAAAACACUGUGAGAAGUGCGAGAAAUGUCAAAAUAGGUUAUAAAUAUAUCUUCGAAAUUUUUAAUCAUGAGUUUGGUCGCUUAUGAUAGCAGUAGCGAUGAAGAUGCUGACGAUGACGAAAUACCCGUUAAAUCCGUUGAAAGUAAUGCUGACAAUUUGGUCAAAAAAUCUAGAACAGUUAUGAACCUACCAGCUCCAAACGACGUAAUUGACACAACAAAUUCUCAACUGGAUGAUGACAAUGAUGAUAAGAGUAGUGAAUUAAAAUUAUCAGAGAUGCCUAGAUUUACAGGAACUGAUGAACUAACGCUUUUCAAAAAUCUACCAAAACCCAAACAAAUUGAAAUUAGUCCCACUGAUGAAGUGGAGGAGAACGUAACAUCUUCGUUCAAUAAAACAAACAUAUCCCAAGAAAAGUCGGUGAAAAGAAUUCGUGCACCGGUUAAAAUAUCUCUACCCUCGCUAUCUGAGUUCAAAGAUGUUGAAGAAGAGAAAGAGGAGAGGAAGAAGCACAGAAUAAAACCUUCAGAGAAAGGAACAGGACUCUUUGCCAUUCUGCCUCCACCCAAAGGGUCGAACACGAAAGCCACCAUCCGAAGUUUGAUCCCUGAUGCCGUUAAAAAAGUAUCAAAGCCCUUGCCGGUGCUUCGUUCAGAAAAAAUUGAAUUAAUGUCAACUACGAUUUCAAGUGGAGAAACUAAGCCUAAUCUUGCCUCCAUAAAUGAUGACACAGAUUCUGAUGAAGAAAAUGUUGAUACGAGAAAUGUCAAAGACAAAAUUCAGAAGAAUACAGUGGACUUUUUUUCAUUAGCGGAUAGCGAAAAAAUACCUCUGCAAAUUGAAAACUCUGAAAAGGAACUUUCAACUCUAUUAGAAAAACCGCAACAAAUCUCUGUUGAGUCCGGUACAAGUAAUACAAUCUUUGAAACUCUUACUAACACUCUCGAGGUAAAAGGACAUAAGGUACACAAUGAAAUACAGAAAAUGGGAUAUACUGUUCCUUCAUUGAUAGAAUGUAGAAAUGAAGGCGCAAAAGUAGUUGAAUUUACCAAUAAAGUUUUAACGAGUAACGUAAUUAAUCUUCCUAAGGAAGAGAUAAUAAUGAAAAACAAAACAGAGGUCGGUCCCAAGUUACCAGUACCAGAGCAAGAAUAUAACGUUGAUUCGCAGGGCAACGUAGCAUUCGACGAUAAGGCUAUUGAAUAUUUGUGUGGAAGAAGAGGUAUGAAACGAAAAAAUAAAGACUUUGAUGAAGCAAACAUAAUUGAGAUAAAUGGGGAAGAUAUUAAACCCGAUGAGAGGGAAUGGCUCGUCAAAACUUUGACCGAACAACCAGCUGAGAGGCCAGUUUCUAUGGAAGGAGCAGGCCCAAGUACACAAUCGAAGAAAAAACAUCAAAUUACCUACCUGGCUCAUCAAGCUAAGGCUAUGGAAGUUGAGUUGAAAAAUCAGUGGGCCCAGAAUAGGGUUACGAGAAAACAAACUCAAUCGAAGUAUGGAUUUUAGACUGUGUUGAUUUUUUUUCACCAUCUAUAGAAAGUGUGUGAUCAAAUUUUUGAUAAUCGAAUCAGAAGAUUGCUAGAGCACUCAACUUUUAUCAACUUUGAUGGGAAUGUCUGCAUUGGUUGGAGGAAUGGUGAUAUGGAGGAAAAGUAAAUCAGAC